GAAUGGGCAGCAGUGAUGAGUGGUCUGAUGUUCAGGACAUCAUCGACUCUACUCCAGAGCUGGAUAUGUGUCAAGACCCCCGCCUGGAACGCACUGGUAACAGCCCAACACAGGGGAUUGUGAACAAAGCGUUUGGCAUCAAUACAGACUCUCUGUAUCAUGAACUUUCCACAGCAGGGUCCGAAGUUAUUGGAGAUGUUGAUGAAGGAGCAGAUCUACUAGGGGAGUUCUCAGGAAUGGGCAAAGAAGUGGGGAAUCUGCUGCUGGAGAACUCGCAGCUACUGGAGACCAAAAAUGCUUUGAACGUUGUGAAGAAUGAUUUGAUUGCCAAGGUGGACCAGCUGUCUGGAGAGCAAGAAGUGCUGAAGGGAGAGCUUGAAGCAACAAAGCAGGCCAAAGCCAAAAUGGAAACCAGAGUCAAGGAGCUGGAGGAGGAGCUGAAAAGAGUGAAAUCUGAAGCAAUUGUUGCCCGACGAGAACCCAAAGAGGAGGUGGAGGAUGUAAGCAGCUAUCUCUGUACAGAAUUGGACAACAUUCCCAUAGCUCAGCGCCGCCGCUUCACCCGUGUGGAAAUGGCCCGGGUUCUGAUGGAGCGCAAUCAGUACAAAGAGAGGUUGAUGGAGCUCCAGGAGGCUGUCAGGUGGACAGAGAUGAUCAGAGCUUCCCGUGAGCACCCAUCCGUCCAGGAGAAGAAGAAAUCCACCAUUUGGCAGUUCUUCAGCCGUCUGUUCAGCUCUUCCUCAAGUCCCCCACCAGCAAAGAGGACCUACCCAUCUGUGAACAUCCACUACAAGUCCCCAACAACGGCAGGGUUCAGCCAGCGUCGUAGUCACACCAUGUGCCAGAUCUCCUCUGGCAGCCGCACCCUGGAGUUCUUCCCUGAAGAUGACUGUACAUCCUCAGCACGUCGCGAGCAGAAGCGGGAGCAGUACCGCCAGGUCCGGGAGCACGUGCGGAAUGAUGAUGGGCGAUUGCAGGCCUGUGGCUGGAGCCUCCCUGCCAAGUACAAGCAGCUGAGUCCCAAUGGUGGUCAGGAAGACACUCGCAUGAAAAACGUCCCAGUGCCUGUAUAUUGUCGCCCACUAGUAGAGAAGGACCCAACCAUGAAGCUGUGGUGUGCAGCUGGAGUCAAUCUCACGGGAUGGAGACCUUUGGAGCAGGAGCCUGGGAAUGGGCAGAAACUGGAUCCUGGACGUGAUCCCCUCACCUGUGAUAGGGAAGUGGAAGGCGAGAACAACAAAAGUAACCAUACAUCUCCUGAAAAUAAAAAGGCAAAGGAGCUCCAUGAAAUGGAUGCCACGUCCAGUCGUGUCUGGAUUCUCACCAGUACUCUGUCAACAAGUAAAGUUGUCAUUAUUGAUGCGAAUCAGCCUGGCACAGUAGUGGACCAGUUCACUGUCUGCAAUGCUCAUGUGCUCUGCAUCUCCAGCAUUCCUGCGGCCAGUGAGAGUGAUUAUCCUCCAGGCGAGAUCUUUCUGGAGGGAGAUCUAAAUCCUGAAGAGUCAUCUGGAACAGAUGGUGUCUUGGCAGGAAUCACUCUGGUGGGCUGUGCAACCCGCUGCAAUGUGCCACGAAGCAACUGCUCCUCGCGUGGUGACACACCUGUGCUGGACAAGGGACAGAGUGAGGUGGCUGCUGUCUGCAAUGGGAAGAUCAACCAAUCCCAGUCUACUGAGGAGGCAACAGAAGCUACAGAGGUAUCGGAGAACGGCACAAGCGAGGCAGAGCCUGCUCAGGCCCGGCCUGGGCCCCUCACGGAGCACGUGUUUACAGAUCCAGUCCCUGCACAGGCACCUCUUAGGCAGAACGGGGAGAAUGGGCAGCUGAAGACAGAGUCAAGCACAACACUGCCAGAUCAGGAGUUGAAUGGGGAUGCUGCUGGGACUUGCAACAGUGCUGCCCCCACCAUGUGGCUGGGAGCACAGAACGGCUGGCUUUAUGUGCACUCGGCUGUAUCCAACUGGAAGAAGUGUCUGCACUCGAUAAAGCUGAAGGACUCUGUACUGAGUCUAGUGCAUGUGAAAGGGAGGGUUCUUGUUGCUCUGGCAGAUGGAACACUAGCCAUAUUCCACCGGGGAGAAGAUGGUCAGUGGGAUCUCAGUAAUUACCACCUAAUGGACCUCGGUCACACUCACCAUUCCAUCCGCUGCAUGGCUGUUGUGUAUGAUAGAGUCUGGUGUGGCUACAAGAACAAAAUCCACGUUAUCCAGCCUAAGACAAUGCAGAUUGAGAAAUCCUUUGAUGCCCACCCUCGGCGAGAGAGUCAGGUGCGACAGCUGGCAUGGAUUGGAGAUGGAGUAUGGGUUUCUAUCCGCCUGGACUCCACUCUGAGGCUUUACCAUGCCCACAGCCAUCAACAUCUGCAAGACGUCGACAUUGAGCCUUACGUCAGCAAGAUGCUAGGCACUGGAAAACUGGGCUUCUCAUUCGUGCGGAUUACAGCCCUGCUCAUUGCUGGCAACCGCCUCUGGGUAGGGACAGGGAACGGUGUCGUCAUCUCCAUUCCACUGACCGAGACUGUAGUCCUCCACCGAGGUCAACUCCUUGGGCUCCGGGCCAACAAGACCUCACCAACCUCUGGAGAAGGCAGCCGGUCUGGCGGAGUCAUCCAUGUGUACGGUGAUGACAAUAGUGACAAAUCUGCCAGCAGUUUCAUUCCCUACUGCUCCAUGGCUCAGGCACAGCUCUGUUUCCAUGGCCACCGUGAUGCUGUCAAGUUCUUCGUCUCUGUGCCUGGCAAUGUCCUAGCAACCCUGAAUGGGAGUGUGCUGGACAGCCCUUCAGAGAACCCCAGCACAGCGGCCACAGAGACCGAGGGGCAGAAGCUGAAGAACGUCCUGGUGCUGAGCGGAGGAGAAGGGUACAUUGAUUUCCGGAUCGGGGAUGGAGAAGAUGAUGAGACAGACGAGAAUGCAGGAGACGCCACCCAGGUGAAGCCAGUACUUUCCAAGGCUGAAAGGAGCCACAUUAUUGUGUGGCAGGUAUCGUAUAUCCCUGAGUGAGGAUUUCUCCUUUCCCACCAAUGUAAGUGUCCCUCCUCCCGCCUGAAUGCCAAGAUGUACAUACAGAACGCCUGCAUUAUACCUACUGCUGGAAAACGACCCCAGACAACUGCAACGGCUCCUGCCUCAGACUGUGACCCCCUUCUAACCUCUGAACUUGCAGCUUUCAUCUUGGGCCCGUGCGCUUUCUGCGUGGUUGGAUUACUGUUCUGCUCUGGAGCUGGCAUCUACAAGGAGAGAAAUGGCAGUGCGUUGAUGAAGUGAAGCUUGGAGCUAGAACUGUGCAAAACCUUUGCCCAGCACUCAGCUGGCAGCUGGAUGGGUAGUGGCUCAGGUUCUCUGGCAGGUUGCCUC